AUGAAGAUGUUAAGAAAGUCUCUGAGAAAAAAGUUUCUGGUCCUCAAGUUCGAUGCUGUUGGAGAACUCCAUUGUCCCACUUCUUCCCCCACCUUUUCAGCUCAUAUAUAUGUAGAUCCAAAACUUUUAGUCCAUUUCAAGAACUCCAAGGUUCUUCUUUGGGUGAAGGAGAGGAUAAGAGUUCAGCACAGACUCCGUUCGAUUGCCGGUUUUUUCUUGGGUCAAGUUGCGAGCUUGGGAGCCAUGAAGCAAGAAACACCGCCCAGAACGACGCCAGCAGCGAAGCUGAAGGCAGAAUUGGCGGCAAUUACUCGACUUCGCAUUCCACCACACCUUCGCGUUUCAGAGCCACCCCGAAGGUUAAGGAGCCGUUGAAGCUGGCGGGUGAUGUUCUGAGAGA